UUGAUAUUAUUUAUAGGUUCCAUACCAUUCCAUCCACUUAACAAGCAUCUCACAUAAUCAUCUACCUUCAAUAUUAGAAGAGUGUGUAUGUUGAAAAAUGGAAAAAUGUGUUAUAGUUGUUGUUGGUGUCAUGGUAGCAGUAUUUGUGGAAGGCAUGUUUGCACAAUCAACAACAGUGCAUGUGGUUGGAGAUAGCAUGGGCUGGACCGUCCCACAAAACCCCUCAGAGUAUUCCACUUGGGCCAAUCCUAAGAAAUUCUUUGCUGGCGAUAUCCUAACAUUCAAGUUCAUGAAUGGCAGACACGACGUGGUUGAAGUACCAAAAGCAUCAUACGAGGGUUGUAGUGCAUCCAAUGCCAUAGGCAACACCUUCACAACAAGCCCAACCAACUUUUCUCUCACCCAAGGACACCAUUACUACAUAUGCACCUUCGGCGACCACUGCCAAUCUGGCCAGAAGUUAGCCAUCCAAGUCCUAUCUUCCCAAGAACCCUCCCACCCACCUUCACCAUCUAAUGCUAAUGUCCCGUCUACGCCUGGUUCUUCGUCGUCGCCGCCGCCCUCUGUUCUGGCUGCUGUCUUCUUCAAUUUAAUGUCCAUUGCACUCACUCUCUGUUUCUCUAUGUAGUCACUUUCGUUACCAAUUAGUUGGUUUAUAUGUUUGUCAAUGUAAUAAGCUUGGCCAUAUUUUUUACCCUUUUGGUUAAAAUUUUGGACAUGUAGUCAAUUUUGUCAAACCUACUCAACUAGCUAAAUCUAUACCAUGUUUGUUAUUUGAGGAAAUUAUAAAUUUUAAGGAUUUUUAUAUUUCUUUU